CAGGAAACGCACACACACACACAUUGCUCAGUAGGACAAGCCAGCUGUUUCCAGGAGCAUCUCCUGCCGCCUGAGCUGGAUGUUUGUAUGUUCGGACUUUGGAUGCGUCUGCACAUGGAGGCAUCUGGAGCGGUUUGUGCUCCAGGAUCUAUUCUCUAACCUGUGGAAGUGAAGGAGCAGGGACUUCAGCAGUGGGACAAUCCUGGCUGUGGUUUUAUCAGAGAAACACUGUAUUUGGAUUCUUUAGCUGAGAACUGUUGAGCGUGCACCCAACGUUUUACCUGUAGCAUCAUGUUGUGUACCUGCUCUUUUUAGCAUGACUGCUGUCAGCAGUUUGGACUGCGUGUAAGAGCCAGCCAGAGUUUCUGUUUGUGUGUGUGGGCUGAGUGAAUGUGUGUGUGUCAGGAUGAGUGUUCCCAUGUUAAAGAUCGGUGCGGUGCUCAGCACCAUGGCUAUGGUAACUAACUGGAUGUCCCAGACUCUGCCGUCGUUGGUCGGACUCAAUGGAACCAUCAUCUCCUCUGAGGGCACACAUGAGCGGAUCGUCAGUGGUUUGUACCCGGGCUCAGAGGAGGGCUGGCAGGUGUACAGCACAGCCUCAGAUCCUGACGGCAGAUGUGUGUGCACAGUGGUCGCUCCCGCACGAAACCUCUGCAAACGAGACCCUCGGAGUCGACAACUACGCCUGUUGACUGAACAGGUUCAGAACGUGAGCCAAUCCAUGGAGGUGGUGGACCUGCGGACAUCCAGAGACCUGCAGUACGUCCGAGACUCUGAGCCGCUGCUGAGAGGAGUGGACGGACGCUUACACACUUAUGUGGCCAACCCCCGCACUCUGACAGCAAAGGGCCUGCAGGAGUUAAAGGGCCAGAUGUCUCAGUUACGGCCCCUUCUGUCAGUGGUGGAGCAGUACAGAUUGGACCUGCAGACGCUGGCCACCCUGCGACUGGAGCUCCUCAACCUGUCAAUCAUGCUGACAGCCAUUCAGGAGGAGAUCGGAGCGUAUGACUACGAGGAGCUUCAGCAGAGAGUUUUACUGCUCGAAACCAGGCUGCACAGCUGCAUGAACAAACUGGGUUGUGGUCGUUUGACUGCAGUUAGCGGCCCGAUCACCGUGAGAGCCUCUGGAUCCCGCUUUGGCUCCUGGAUGACUGACGCCAUGAUUCCCAGCUCCGACAGCAGGGUGUGGUCAAUGGACGGCUACUAUAAGGGAAGGCGUGUGUUGGAGUACAGGACGAUGGGGGAUUUCACCAAGGGCCAAAACUUUGUGCAGCAUUUGUUGCCCCACCCCUGGGCAGGAACCGGCCACGUGGUCUACAACGGGUCACUCUAUUACAACAAGCACCAGAGCAACAUCUUGGUUCAGUACCAUUUCCGCUCUCGCAGCGUGUUGCUCCAGCGCAGCCUGAGUGGAGCCGGAUACAACAACACCUUCCCCUACAGCUGGGGAGGCUCCUCUGACAUCGACCUCAUGGCUGAUGAGACGGGACUCUGGGCCGUCUACACCACCAUCCCAAAUGCUGGAAACAUAAUGGUGAGCCGCUUGGACCCUCGCUCGCUAGAUGUGCUCCAGAGCUGGGACACGGGGUUUCCUAAGCGCAGCGCAGGAGAGGCCUUCAUGAUCUGCGGCACCCUGUACGUCACCAACUCUCACCUGGCCGGGGCCAAGGUCCACUUCGCCUACCACACCAACUCCUCCACAUACGAGUACACCGACAUCCCCUUCCACAACCAGUACUCCCACAUCAGCAUGAUGGACUACAACCCCAGAGAGAGAGCGCUGUACACCUGGAACAACGGACACCAGGUCCUCUACAACGUCACGCUGUUUCACGUCAUCCGGAGCGACGGAUAGAUCCACACGUAGGAAAUAGUAGAAAGAAAAUACAAAUAUAGUAGCGAUGGAGGAGGUGGGUUGUUGAAGGGUGCUGCAACUUGCAACACACAUACAGACACACACACACACACACACACACACACACACACACACACACACACACACACACACACACACACACAUACAUGCCAUGGUCAUUCAUGUCAACAGGAAAAUGAGUACUAUCAGUGUUUGAAUUUGAAUGACUUCUAGACUGCAAAAGCUCACUGAGCUAAUAACUAGACACAAUACACGGUUGUCGAACACCAGUCUAAAGGUCACAGACAAGAGUAUUCAUCACAGCCAAGAUGAAAAUUAACUGCCUGUGCUGCAGGGAUGCUGAUAGAAAGAAGGAAGUCAGACAGUUUGAGCUCAUCCGUAUUCUGUUACGUUUCAUUCCACCCGUGUCUCAAGAAGUCAUUUUGGAAGUUGAGGUCAAAUUGACGGGGGGAAAAAAAAAAGAAAAAGAAAAAAGAAAACAGAAAACGUCAAGCUCGUCAGACCUCAAGCUAUGACGGCCGCCCUGACGGAGAUAUUCUGGGUUUGUGAUGUGAUCGUGGACGUAUUCAGUCAGCAUGGUUGUUCAUUCAAUAAACAUUACUGUCAA